GUUCUGAAACCACAGUCUUGGUCAUCUAACUAUGAGAAUACUGCAAAUAUGAAGCAGAUACAUUUUGCCAUGCACACAGUGUGUGCAGGCAGAGAGAAGCGCAAUGAGUGCACGAUCAAGGUGCAUCUUAAUUAUGCGUUGUUGUAAAUGAAAACCCUUCUUGGACCACUGCAGAAGUGGCCUUGGACUUGUUUCCAUUCUGGUGCUUUUUUCUGCCAGCGGCGCUCACAAAGGGUGCUCAUGACCUCGCACUUCCCAUCUCAAAGACCGAAUACUGCGAGAAGCGCUUUUCAGCCCCCAGGAAUUCAGCGGCCGCCGUCGCCAGAGGGACAAAGAGGCGGCGGCGAUGGAGGAGGGCAUGAGCAGCAUGCAGCAGAAAGCGACCGAGCUGGAGCACAUGGCCGAGGUCCUGCUGACCGGCGAGCAGCUGCGGCUCCGACUGCAUGAAGAGAAGGUCAUCAAAGACCGGAGGCACCACCUCAAGACGUAUCCCAACUGCUUUGUUGCCAAAGAGCUGAUUGACUGGCUGAUUGACCAUAAGGAGGCCUCGGAUCGAGAGACAGCAAUUAAACUUGUCCAGAAGUUAUUGGAUCACAGCAUUAUCCAUCAUGUUUGUGACGAGCAUAAAGAAUUCAAGGAUGCCAAACUGUUCUACCGCUUCAGAAAAGACGAUGGGACGUUUCCACUGGAUAAUGAGGUGAAGGUGUUCAUGAGAGGACAAAGACUGUAUGAAAAGUUGAUGAGUUCUGAAAAUACUCUUCUGCAAGCCAGGGAAGAGGAAGGGGUCAAGUAUGAGCGAACCUUCGUGGCAUCAGAGUUCAUUUACUGGUUGAUCCAGGAAGGAGAGGCCACGACACGGACUGAAGCUGAGCAGCUCGGCCGCAGGCUUUUGGAGCAUGGGAUUAUACAGCAUGUGUCCAACAAGCAUCAUUUUAUGGACAGCAAUUUGCUCUACCAGUGCAGGAUGAAUUUCCGCCGGCGGCGGCGGCUGAUGGAGCUGCUCACCGAGAAGUCUCGCCUGGUGCCAGAAAGCCACGACAGCCCCUUUUGCCUGCGCAAGCAGAACCAUGACAACAGAAAACACACCAGUUUUCUGUCAGUGAGCCCCACCAAGGAGAUAAAGAUUGUGUCGGCAGUGCGGAGGAGCAGCAUGAGCAGCUGUGGCAGCAGUGGGUACUUCAGCAGCAGCCCCACGCUCAGCAGCAGCCCCCCGGUGCUCUGCAACCCCAAAUCCGUAUUAAAGAGACCGGUGACUGCUGAUGAGCUUUUGAUGCCUGGAGCUCCAUACGUCAGGAAAACUUUUACAAUCGUUGGCGAUGCAGUUGGCUGGGGCUUUGUGGUGCGGGGCAGCAAGCCGUGCCACAUCCAGGCUGUGGACCCCAGCGGGCCGGCAGCUGCAGCCGGCAUGAAGGUUUGCCAAUUUGUUGUCUCUGUCAAUGGUCUCAAUGUUCUCCAUGUGGACUACAGGACAGUGAGCAACCUCAUCCUGACAGGCCCGCGAACGAUUGUCAUGGAAGUGAUGGAAGAAAUAGAAUCCUGAAAAGAAGGGAUCUCUUACUGGACGUUUUUGUGGGAAAACAGCCAAUCACAAGGCAGCGUGACACACAGAGGCACCACUUUCUGUGUCCAAGUAGAUUAUUUUGCUUUUGGGGAAGGGGGUUCUCUUUCAUUUAACAGUAAUAGCACUGGUUAUUAUGCUAAGUGAACAAUAGAUACCAGCAUAUUUUCACUAAGGACUUCUCUUUGCUUGUCGAAGACAAAGGAAAGGCCCUUGGGUUGUCUCUCCAGCCAAGUCUGCAUCCUUCAGAAUGGUUUCCACCUAAGAGGCCGUGCAGAUUUCCUCACAGUCCACCACUGGAUCAAACACUUCAGGAGAUGAAAGAGCCACAUACAUUGUGAGCCAGGAUGUCACAGACGCUGUGUGGGACAUACUGACGUGGGUAAACAUCCUCUGGUCGUGGAGAGCUGGGUGACUGCUGGCUUUAUUGCCACCGAACACAAAGGAGCUGUGAAUGCAUCUCUGUGAAACAAAUGUAUUCGUGUUCUGUAGAGGAUACUGUGGGGUGGAUGUUCGGGCCUGAUAGAGCAGAGUGAUUAUUCUAAAAGAAAAACACAACGCCAUGCAAGUGUGAGAGCAUGUGCUACUUUUACAAAGUAAAGCAAUCUGGCCUUUGAAAAUCAGGCAAUUUGUGUAGAUGCUGAAGCACAGAUGUAGGUACUCAACUACAAAAUGUUGGUUUUUGUUUGUUUUCUUUAUACAGAAAGGAAAGGUGUCUCAGUCUCAUUGUUUGUCACUUUGGAGAAUUUCCAGACACUUUUAUUCCUAGAAGAAAUAUAAUAUUUAGUGGGGUGAGGUGGGAAAUUCGCUUUGUUAGCAUUAGCAAUGACACAUCCAGGUGCUCCAGUAGAGAAAUUACACUUCAAAUUGAAGCAAUGUACAUGAAUGUACAUUAAGCUCAUUAGCACUUUCAAAUCAUCAAUGUUUUGCAAGCUACAAACUUGCCACAAGUUGCAUUUGACACUAUUGCUAAUAAAAAAUAGUAUUUAACUGAUUCUUACUCAUUUUUAAACUGUAGGAUUUCUUUGUUGAUGAAUUUAUGGAACAAAUCUUUAAAAAAAUAAUAUAUAAAAAUUCUGUGUUCUGCUGAGUGAGGUGACUUCUUAACCCUGUGGUGAUUGGACUCCAUGGACAUUCUUUGAUCUUUGAGCUGAAUAUGUACAUCCUUGUCCACACAAUUCUGGGUAUACAUUGCAAUCUUUCUCUGCUGUCUAAAUUUUGCAAUUAAAGCUUGAACUUGAGUAUACCAAAAAUCCUCCAUCUUUGGGGUGGGGAAAGUAUUUUUCCCCCAAAUAAUUCUGACAUAUAUUUUAUAUUAAAAAUUGUUCUCACUGAAUACAUUGCUCCUGCAGUAUGUUUUUCACUCACUCAAAUACUUCUGUGUAAUUCUUCAUAGGUACAGUAAGUCUUCAAAACCACAUACGUCUUCAGCUUUGUAGGUAGAAGUCCAUGUGUUCUUUGUUUCAGAUGUAGUGUAGCCAUGGUUGAUUUUUAACCAGGGAAACUUCUCAUAUUCCACUAAUAUGUCCCCUUGCAGGGAGUUAUAUAAAUGAAACCACUGAGUUGAUGCUAACCAGGCUCAAAUGUGCUUGGAAGGUUCUUCCAAGUUGUCAUUUAGCAGUUGUUUAUUCUUAGUGCACACCCAAAACUGUUGUACAUAUCAGAUUAUAUUAUACGGUUCAUCUAAAAUAAAUAGUUCAGCACAUCACGUUACGUGAGAGCAUAACAGCUGUCUACCAAGAAAUGGUUGAGAAAGAUACUCUGUCCCAGAAAAAUACCAGCAUGCUACAGGUUUUUGGUUUUGCGAAUCCAGCAGUGCUUCCCCAAAUACUUUUAUUUUCUCUUUUUCCUGGGUUGUUUUGGUGUCUUGGAAUAUGCUUUGUGCCUUUCUAAAACGUAAAUUCUACAAGUUAGGCUAGGUUAAAUAUUAAAACGUGAAGGAUUUUCUUAGCAAAAUGUUACCAAUUCUCUCUAAUACCGUCGUGAAUUCUCCUGUCAUAUCUCUUGCCUUAGUUAAUAUUCUGCUGCAAGUUCCCCGUAGCUUACAGAUAAUUAAGAAACUGGGUCAGAAUUUAGCUUAAUAAUGCAUUACGGAGUGCACUUUCGACUUCAGUAAAGAGUGGGAAUGGGGGCAGGGAGAAAUCUGUGCGUAUCAUUGUAUUGCAGAUUGGAUAUGGCGUUUUCAUUUGCAAGACACAUUAGUCUCUAUCACAAUCUGAGCACCAUUACUCGCCUGCUGUUUAAUGGGAAUUUCCAUAUUGUGUUCUCAGCUUGAUUUGCAAUCUAGGAUUUAAUUAGUUCUUUCUUUCUUCAGUAUGACAAAGGUAUUCAAAUUAUCUGUGCAAUGAGAUGUUGUGUUCUGUAAAAAAAAGAAAAAAGGAUGCAAAGUUAGUUAUUGAAUGGUGAAAUGUAUCAUUUCCAAUUAAAUUGCAGUUUGUCUACACCCAGUGAUACACACCCUGCAAGACAUUCCCCAGAAGCCAGCACCAAAUCCUGAUGCAUUUCAGAGGGCAGAGUUUUGCAUAUAAUAGAAAAUCGUGGUUCCUGCAAAGGACAUGUGGAAAUGCAAGAAUUCACAGAAGUAAGGAAUUUCAAGACAUGACCGUGAAUAUUAUCGAGAAGCCAGAAAGAAAAGAAGAACGGCAACAAAAUCAACAAAAAAAAAUCUGAUUUUAGCAGUAAUAGCUUUAUUUAGAAGAUUUUAGAAAGACUUGCUUUCAUAUUUGUGACUACAGUGGAUUUUGUGAGAUCUUUUAAUAAAUCUCUGUGCUUUAAUAACAUA